GACGCAGCUACGGGAAUCGGCCCUGUCCCAGGUUCGGCCCGUUGUCAGCCGGCGAAUCCCUGCCCCAUUUUUGCCGACCGACAGCCGCAGUUCCCGACCUCGCCGAUUCCCUCGCGGGCGGCCCGGGAUUUCGAGGUCCAUACUUGAAGUCAGUACUCAGUUCCACGUGAGAUUGUCCGAUGCCAUCUCGGGGACCUCAACGGGCUUUUUACCUGGGUCGUACGGUUACUGAACUGGUGGUCCCCGAUCUCAUAACUGGUCACCGACCCCUCGCCCGGAACCUGGCAGACCCGUUCGUUCUGUGCAAGGCCGGUGAUUCGGUAUUUAUUAGGGAGCUGCCAUAAUAAUAGAUGCUGACUGCGUUCCCCGUUGUCGCCUAUGAUGCCGACUUCACAUCCCACCCGCACCACACAAUGCUUGCAAUACGCCCGAUCGCAUUCGGAGCUCCCAGGUCCCUGGUUCUAACCCGGGGACCUGCGAACAUGAUGAUAAAAGGGGGAGCACGCGCCAUCGUUGCCCCUGGUGGUUUCCGCUUGACCAAAGCCUCGACAGUCCGGAGGACAUUCCACUCGUCAAGCAUCCUCAAACACCAGCCCUUCGACAUAACUAAAGGCAACUCCACAAUGGCAACCAUCAACGAGCCCAUCAUCCACUCGGUCUUUGAGCCGCAGACGUCAACAUGGCAGUACAUUGUAGCCGACCCGACCACCAAGGCCGCCGUGAUCAUUGAUCCGGUUCUCGACUAUGAUCUUGCCCGCAACGCCGUCUCCACCACAACCGCCGACGGUCUCCUCGCCACGGCCGAGGAGCAGGGCUACACGGUUGAGUGGCUGCUCGAGACGCACGCGCACGCCGACCACCUGACGGCCGCCGCCUACCUGCAGCAUCGCCUGGAGGCCAUGGGCAACAAGAAGGCCGGCAUCUGCAUCGGCAAGCGCAUCGUGGGCGUGCAGGAGCGGUUCGCGAAGCGCUACGGCAUCGAAGGCCCAGAAUACAGGGCUGCUUUCGACCGCCUGCUCGAGGACGACGAGGUCCUGAGGGUCGGACGGCUCGAGGUCAAGGUGAUGCAUCUUCCAGGACACACGCCGGACCACCUGGGUUAUCUUGUGGGCUCAAACGUAUUUUGCGGCGACUCCCUCUUCAACACCGACGUCGGCACUGCCCGCUGUGAUUUCCCCUCGGGCGACGUCCACCAGCUCUACGCCUCGGCCCAAAAGCUCUUCUCGCUCCCCGACGCGUUCCGCAUCUACACGGGCCAUGACUACGUCCCCCCGGACUCGCCGCGCGGGCCGCAGGCGUGCACCACCGUGGCCGAGCAGCGGUCGCGGAACAAGCACCUCCGACAGGACACGCCCGAGGACCAGUUCGUCGACUGGAGGGCCAAGAGGGACGCCGGGCUGGGGGAGCCGCGACUGCUUCACCAGGCGCUGCAAUUCAACGUCCGCGGCGGGCACCUGCCCUGGAAGACGGAGGGUGGCGAUCGGUUCAUGAAGGUGCCGCUCAAGGUUGCGGCGGCGGGGUGGGUGGAUGGAAAGGUGUAACCAGAUUGCUGCAUCAGUCUAGAAUGUGUAUCUCAUGGAAUUUGAUCCUUCUUUCCUUUUGUGCUUCAUUCACUGCCCCCUUUCCAAUUCCAGG